AUGACCGCAGAUACAUCCAAGAAACAAGACGCUGCUGAUCUACUGGCUUCUUUGAACAUUGAGGGCAAAAAAGAAGCCGAGGAAGCCAAGAAAAACAACGCACAUAACAAACCUUCGCAACCAGCGCCAAAAAAUACUAUUUCUGAAACUUCGAAGCCUGUCGAGAGUAGUAAGAAAGACCCAAAAUCACAAGAGAAGGACUCGAAUUUGGUGAAAUCCGAAUAUGAAGUCAAGGUGAAUCUCGCCGAUCUGCAAGGCGACCCUAACUCUCCUUUAUACAGUAUCAAGUCCUUUGAGGAGUUAGGGCUGGCACCAGAGCUUUUGAAGGGACUAUAUGCCAUGAAAUUCCAAAAACCAUCUAAAAUUCAAGAAAGAGCUUUGCCCCUACUUUUGAAUAACCCUCCAAGAAACAUGAUUGCACAGUCACAGUCAGGUACCGGUAAAACGGCUGCUUUCUCGCUGACAAUGCUGUCUCGUGUCGACAUCACACAACCUGCAACCCAAGCCGUUUGCCUGGCACCUUCAAGAGAGCUGGCCAGACAGACUUUGGAAGUCGUUCAAGAAAUGGGUAAGUUCACCAAAGUGACUACACAGCUCAUUGUACCAGACUCUUUUGAAAAAAAUAAGCCUAUUAACGCACAAAUUAUCGUUGGUACCCCAGGUACCGUGCUGGACCUAAUGCGCAGAAAAGCUCUACAACUGGGACAAGUCAAAGUCUUCGUCUUAGACGAAGCUGAUAACAUGCUUGACAAACAAGGUCUAGGUGACCAGUGCUUGCGUGUCAAGAAGUUUUUACCAAAGGCUACUCAGCUGGUGUUAUUUUCUGCCACUUUCGACGACAGCGUCAGAAACUACGCUCGCAGGGUUGUGCCGGAUGCGAACUCGCUGGAAUUGCAGAAAAACGAGGUCAACGUGAGUGCGAUCAAGCAGCUUUUCAUGGACUGCACAGACGAAAACAACAAAUACGAAGUACUGACAGAGCUAUACGGUCUGUUGACCAUUGGAUCUUCGAUUAUUUUUGUGCAAACCAAGCAAACUGCCAACGUGCUGUAUGCCAAACUCAAACAAGAAGGCCAUCAAGUUUCGAUUCUGCACGGUGACUUGCAGAGUGGUGAGAGAGACAGACUAAUUGAUGAUUUCCGGGAAGGGCGCUCCAAGGUCUUGAUCACAACUAAUGUUCUGGCGCGCGGUAUUGACAUCCCAUCUGUGUCCAUGGUAGUGAACUACGACCUUCCCACAACGGUCCAGGGUAAAGCAGACCCUGCCACCUACAUUCACAGAAUCGGAAGAACCGGUAGAUUUGGCCGUACCGGGGUAGCCAUCUCAUUUGUCCACGACAGGAAAUCUUUCGAGACUCUGACCGCUAUCCAGAAGUACUUCGGUGAUAUUGAGAUGACUCGUGUGCCUACUGAUGACUGGGACGAGGUCGAGAAAAUCGUCAAGAAAGUGUUGAAGGAAUAA